AUGGAGCCCCUCAACACACCCCCCGAAGCCUCCUCCUUCGUCCUCCUCGCCGACCACCAAUCGCGCACCCCCGCGUCCUUCCACACCGGCCCCCCAGUCCUCCACUACCACAGCAAGGCCUGCAAACUCGUCAUUUUCGAGCGCGAUCUGCUCUCCGUUCCAGCAUUGAAUGCUAUUCGCGGCGCGUCCUCGAGCACCGCUAACGGAAAUGGUGACGCUGAAGGUGAAGAAGGAAAAGAAGUCGUGAUCGACGGUGUCGAUGUCUGGGUUACUUCUGAUAAAUUCCUCCUCUACACCCCCUCCACCACAACCGGCAUCUCAAUCCCCUACCCCUCCAUCUCACUCCACGCCAUCCAACGCCUAAAACUCCCCACCUCUCCCUCCGAAGAAGUCCAAGGCCUGUACAUGCAAAUCGCAACCCCCACACCAACUGGUCCAACCGCAGACGACGAAGAGGAAUGUAUCACCCUCACCAUCGUACCACCCACAGCACCAGAGAACCUAAGCGAGAUAUCGACAAGUGAAACGGCAACGCUAACGGCCACUCAACGCGCGACGGAGGAUCAGACGACUGGACCUGGAGCAGCUGAUCAGUCUGCGACGCAGAUGCUGUAUGCGGCUGUGUCUGCUUGUUCGAAUUUACAUCCUGAUCCGGUUCUUCCUGGCGAUGAGGAGGAUGAGGGUGAAGGAUGGGAUGGAGAAGGCGAUGAGGCAGUGCAGCAGAUUGGACUCCCGCCUGCUAUGCCUGGGAGUUCGGGGUGGAUUACGGCGGAUAAUAUGCAUGAGUAUUUUGAUGAGGAGGGGAAUUGGAUUGCGGGUGGGCAGGAGCCGAUGUUGCCUUUGGGGCCUGGUGCUGGGACGGUGAGGACUAGGGAUGAGGAGAAUGGAUCUGUUGGGCAAGAGCAAGAAAAAGAUGAGGCUAAGUGGCAGAGAACGGACUAA